GUGGGGGAUACUGAGUGGACUGAAGUUAGCUUGGGACAAGGGAUAUAGAAAGACGGAUUCAAAGACAGAUUUAAAGGUGGGAUUAAAUUUUGGAGACAGAUUCAAAGAAAGAUUUAAAGGGGAUUAAAUUUAGUCCGGGAAGCAAAAUAGGAAUCUCCUUACUUUAACCUGAAGGUCCAAAAAACAAUGGGAAGGCAAGCUACAACACAUUUGGAGAGAAGGGAUAUGAUUGGGUGACUACCCCCAGCCUUGUUUUGUGUAAUUAGGAGCCCUUGCUCUUCCCCUGUACCAAAAAAAAAAGGGGAAAACGAUGCAGCAUUUGGCUUUUCACAUAUCCCUGUCUCCCAGGCAUUUCAAGAAAUUCACGCUCCCCACUGUUCCCAUUCUUCUUCACACACUCUCACACGGUACGAGGAUUCGUCGGACCUACUCCACGAAAAUGUCAACCGAGUCACCUUCCAGCUCGCGACAAUUCACCCACAUCAUCAACCUCCCGCGUCAGCUCGGCCAACCCGUUGAUGUCGUCGCCGCACCGGGCGUCUCCAAUUCCGACUUCCGGAAUGCUAUUGAAUCAUCUUUGUUCAAGCAGUGGUUGAAAAACAUACAAACUGAUACAGGACUUCUGGCUAAUGGAGGGAUGUUGUUGAAACAAGUACUUAUCCAGGGUGUAGAUAUGUUUGGGAAACGUGUUGGAUUUCUCAAAUUUAAAGCAGAUAUCUUUGAUAAGGAAACUGGGAAUAAGGUUCCAGGCAUUGUGUUCGCAAGAGGACCAGCUGUUGCGGUGCUGGUCCUUUUAGUCUCAGAAGGCGAGACAUAUGCUGUGCUGACUGAACAGGUUAGGGUUCCUGUUGGGAGGCUUAUUUUAGAAUUGCCAGCUGGAAUGUUGGACGAUGACAAAGGUGACUUCCUUGGAACAGCAGUUCGUGAGGUGCAGGAGGAGAUAGGAAUACACUUGAAUCUGGAUGAUGUGAUUGAUCUCACUGCCCUUUUAGAUCCAUCAACCGGAUGCAGAGCUUUCCCUUCUCCAGGUGGUUGUGAUGAGGAAAUCAGUCUAUUCUUGUACAGAGGAAAUGUGAGUAAAGAAGUCAUCACGCAGCUCCAAGGGAAGCAAACGGGCCUUCGAGACCAUGGUGAGUUAAUUAAGGUGCAUGUAGUUCCAUAUCAGAAACUCUGGCGUGCCACAGCGGAUGCGAAAGCUCUAAUGGCCAUCGCUUUGUAUGAAAUGGCUCAGAGGGAAGGGCUGCUGCCACCUUUGAAAAUUUGAGUCUUUUCCAGUUUUGUUCCACCGAAUAAAAUCAUAAUCUAUACUGUUUAUGGACUUAUCAGCUGUGAGGUUUUUUGUGUGACUCACCUUUUUGCAAAAAGUCUGUACAGCUUUGCUGAGAUCAAUCAUCAAUUUGGUUCAUCAAGAUAUAUUUCAUAAA